AUGGCACAUUCAGCUGUAUUAUCAUUUUGUGCUGAGUCUCCCCCCUCCAGACUGUCCUCGCUGCAGGAGAAGGUUAUAGCUCACUGGGAGCAGGCAGGAAGUUCUUCUGCAGUCGGGUCUUCCUCCUCGGUUUUAGCAGAGAUAUGGGCGCUGGCUGACAUGAGUAAGGACGGGAAGAUGGACAGGUUGGAGUUCUCCGUCUCUAUGAAGCUCAUUAAGCUCAAACUGCAGGGCACGCCCCUUCUCUCAACUUUACCAAUCAUCAUGAAGCAGCCGCCAGUGCCCGCCCCUAACCCCUCCUCUACAGACGCCAUGUCCGCCUCGCGCUACGGAAUGAGUUCCGUGCCAAACAUUUCUAUGAUGCCCGGAGGCAUCGCCAUGCUCACCCCCAUCCCCAUGACCCCUAACCUCUCACCCAUGACACCUAUGAGCGGCCUCACCCCCAUGAUCCCAACAGCUACAGGCAUGGCCCCCAUGGUUUCCAUGCCAACGAUGCCCAUGCCCUUGCUGCCGUCCCUUGGCAGCCCCGCUUUGCCCAACGGCACUAUGGGUAUUCUACAGCAACUCCCACCAGGACACAUGGGGACAGACCAGUCCAAAGUGUUGAGAGGCGCCUUUGCCCCACUCUCUUCCAAGGUUCCCAUGCCCUCCAACUCGUCCUCCACCACCUCCCUGGCAGGUAGUUCUCCGAAGAUCGCUCCCUCUGACUGGGCCGUGCCUCACGCCUCGCGCCUCAAAUACAGGCAGCAGUUUAACAGCCUGGACAAGCACAUGACAGGAUACCUCACAGGUCCGCAAGUGAGGAAUGCCAUGGCAACCACUCUCCUUACUCAUACACAGCUGGCCACCAUCUGCUCCAUCCCUCUCUCUUUCACAGUGUCGUUUGAGGACAAGUUCAAAGCCAACCUGGAGCGAGGGAACGCAGAGCUGGAGAAAAGAAGACAUGCUCUGCAGGAUGCACAGAGGAGAGAGGAUGAGAAACGGCAGCAGAAGGAGAGCGAGGAGAGAGAGCGGGAGGUCAGGGAGCAAGAGGAGAGGAGGAGGAAGGAGGAAGAGAGGAGGAUGGAGCUGGAGAGACAGAAAGAGGAGGAGAGGCUGAAGGAGAUGGAGAGAAGAGAGGCGGCGCAGCGUGAGCUGGAGCGCCAGAGGAAGGAGGAGCUGGAGAGAAGGAGGAGAGGAGAGCUGCAGCGCCAAAAGAGUCAGGAACAGGAAGACGUCAGCAAACUGAAGGCCAGGAAGAGGAGUCUGGAGACGGAGUUGGAGGCUGUGGGUAACAAACACAGACAGAUCUCUGAGGAGAACCAGAGGAAGCUGUCCCAGCUGACUCCAGAACAGCAGAGGCUCAGUGACAAACUGAGGGACAUGGCCCUCAACAACCUGCAGGUACUGACUGAGACUGGGGCUAUGUUAGGCUGGGUCUCCACCAUAUCCACUGUCAAGCGCAGCACCAGCGAGAAGGACGGAGCCUGUCGUAAACUGAAGCAACAGCUGGAUGCUCUGGAGAAAGAGACGGCUGCUAAACUGGCUGACAUGGAUCAUUACCAGAAGGACAUACAGCUGCAGAAGGAGCGUCAGUUGGCAGGACGAACUUGCACAGAGAGCGAGGAGGAGAGACAGAGGAGGCUGCAGGAAGAGAGAGAGGCCAAACUGAGAGAGGAGGAGGAGAAGGAGACACAAGCCCGCAUCUUAGCUGCUAAAGAAAAGGUAGAACGAGAAAGCAGAGCGGAGGAGAGGAGAAGACAGGAGGAAGAGGGCAGGAAGAGGAGGGAGGAGGAGAGGAGAAGACAGGAGGAAAAGGAGAGGAAGAGGUUAGAGGAGGAGAGGGAGGAAGAGAAGAGAAGGCAGGAAGAGGUGGAGAGCAAGAGGUGUGAGGAGGACAAGAAGAGAUUGGAGGAGGAGAGCAAGACGAAGGAUGAGGAGAGGAGGAGGCAGCAGGAGGAAGAAGAGAGGAAGCUGGAGGAAGAAGCGAAGAGGAGAGAGGAGGAGGCGGUGUUGCGGCAGCAGCGGCGUGCAGGGAAGACAGACAUCCACAACAAACUGUCAGCCCUUCUUGGAGGACUAGAGGAGAGGAAAGGUGGUCUGCAACCCCAGGCCACAGAGCACAAGAAGUCUGCGAUGCUCACUUCCUUCCGGGCGCUCUACCCUUUCACCGCUCGCAACCUGGAAGAACUCAGCUUUGAAGCCGAUGAGGUCAUCGAGGUGGAUGAGAGUACGGAGCGAGAGCAGGGUUGGCUGUACGGGAGUAGUCAGGGGAAGAUGGGCUGGUUCCCAGAGAGUUAUGUAGAGAGACAGUUAAAAUCAGAGAGACCUGCUACUGUUACUACGACUACCACUGCUGGUGCUGCUACUGCUGUUUAUGCUGCUAAACAGGCCCUCAGACCACAGCUCUCCACCCCCAUCAACACUGGGAAACCCGGGGGAGAUGCUUCCAUGUCAAGAGGACAGAACUCCGCCUUCACGCCUACACACGCCCCUCACCCCACCCCCUCGGAGCAGGUGGUUGGCAGCCUGCAGGCCCAGGCUCUGUGUUCGUGGACAGCUAAGACAGAGAGCCAUCUGAACUUCAGUAAGGAGGAUGUGAUCCGGGUGCUGGAGCAGCAGGACAGCUGGUGGCUGGGGGAGGUCAACGGGGUUCAGGGCUGGUUCCCCAAAACAUACGUCACACUUCUGGGAGAUAAUGACAACACCACUGCCCUGACAUAUUCUCCCCCAGAUGAAGUGGAGGCCUCAGAUGCUGCUCAACAGGAAGAGUACAUGGCGUUGUACACCUUAGUAGAGCCCCAGAGCUCUGGCGACCUGACUUUAGAGAGGGGGAUACUCGCAGCAGCUCAGGGAAGCCAGGAGCAGCCUGGGAAAAAGCCAGAGAUAGCCCAGGUGAGCACUGCCUACACGGCCACAGGAACAGAGCAGCUCAGCCUGAUACCCGGACAGCUCAUCCUCAUCCUCAGCAAGAAUUCCUCCGGCUGGUUGCUCGGAGAACUGCAGGCGCGAGGAAAGAGGCGUCAGAAGGGUUGGUUUCCUGCCUCACAUGUCAAAAUGCUGGGAUCUAACAGCAGCAAGUCCACACCAGCACCUCUACCAGUGUGUCAGGUCAUUGCCAUGUACGACUACAAAGCAGCCAACGAGGAAGAGAUGAGCUUCUCCAAAGGUCAGAUGAUCAGUGUGUUCGACAAGAACGACCCCGAUUGGUGGAAAGGAGAGGUCAAUGGGAUCACCGGUCUGGUCCCAACCAAUUACGUCAAGAUGACCACCGCCGACUCCGAUCCCAGCCAGCAAUGUGAGUACAUGACUAUUAUGAUGUUUUUCUGAAGACGUCAUUUCUCAAAGUGGAAUGUUCACAAGACAGGGUAGGCAGAUAGACA